UCGCUCACAUCUUGAGAUCUUUGCGGUGUGUAGAAGAUAAACACUUGUAAUUCUGCCUGUUAGCUAGCAAAGCAAGACAGCUUAAUUCUGAUUCUCGGGGUGUGUUUGCUGCACCGGGCACACCAAUUACCUUCAAAGCUGUUUCUAGAGCAAGUUGUGUUCACAGUGGGAGGUGUCGUUCAGCCUGGGGGACUUUCACUCAGUCGUUUUUCCCUGUCAUCUAGGAUAGUCGUUACAUAAUGUGUCGGUAAUCUGUUAGCCGAGUAACACUUUUUCUAUUUUUAUAAGUGCUCUUAUCUCUUCCGUCUGGAACAUCAGAGGAGGCAGUGUUAAAUUAAACCAUGGCAUUCAGUAGAGUUUACAUCAGCAUAGGAUAUGCUACCUUUGGCACCCUGGUUGGACUUUCAGCUUUCUUGGUCUGGAAUAUCGCCUACAAACAGCCAUGGACAGCAGCGAUGGGGGGCCUGUCAGGAGUUCUGGCGCUCUGGGCUCUUGUCACUCACAUCAUGUACCUGCAGGACUUCUGGCGCACCUGGCUCAAAGGCCUCAAGUUCUUCAUCGCCGUCGGUGUGCUCUUCUCUGUCGUCGCUGUGGCCGCCAUCAUCACCUUCCUAACUCUCGCCAUCACACAUGAGCAAUCUCCCACUGACCCCAAAAGCCUCUACCUGGCCUGCGUGUGGAGCUUCCUCACUCUCAAAUGGGCCUUCCUCUUGUCUCUGUACUCUCACAGAUAUCGCCAGGAGUUUGCAGACAUCAGCAUCCUCAGCGACUUCUAGUCAGUGCAGAUUUUUUUAGGCCACAAUGGACUUUGAGGGUUUUAAGCUGCCUGCUGGAGCUGGUAAAAAGCUUUGGUAACAAAGAGAGGGGGGAAAGCAGAUAUGGCUAGAUUUAAAAGUCAUCUGACUUUCACCACAUGGAGUUGCACUUGUUUAACAAGCUCUGUAUUUGUAUUGUUUCCUGUUCCACUACUUUGUAUGGCCCACAUAGUAUUUCUGUAAGUCUAAACCUCUGCUGCUUUAGAAGGAAGUGCUUGUAGUGAUUAUGGAGGGGAUUUUCCAUCAGGUUUUAUCUUGGUUUGUUUGUUUAUCAACUAACUCCUCUGCAAAAAUCACCAAAACAGGCUUUUAAUCUAAUGAUAGGUUGUAAAAGUGAAAGAAAAAACAUGCUCAAAGCUAAACUCUUUAGAACCAAACUUAAAACCUCUUUCCUGAGACUUCCCCGAUCAGGCUAGAUUAACCUCGUUUACUGAGGUGCUUGAAUGUUUUUACCCAAAUGAGCUUUUUCAUAGUUGCAGUUUUUAACCUCGGACUUGUCAUUUCUCACUGUCUUACUCUCCAUGUAAUCAAUCUCAGCUCAUUCUAAUGUCUUGAAGCACUUUGAGGAUUGUUUUUUUUUAAAGUCACAGUUUUUGUCCUUCCUUCAUAAUCUCCUCAUGCCUUAUUUUCUUCAAACAAACUGAAGAAAAUCAGGUCCUGUAGAAAUUGUGCUGUUUAUCUUUUCAUCCACCAGAGGGAGACAUCCCUUGUUUUCUGUCAAGAAAGCAUCAGUUGGAAAAUUCUUACAUUCCUCCCAUGAGAAACAAAUGGAUUUGAUUGAUGAUUGCACUUUAGUCUUUGAUAAUGACACCCUUGUUUUGCACACAAAUCCUGUUACAAAGGGGAGGGGAGGGGGGGUCGUGUCGUUUUUACAUCUUUUCAUCAUGUUAUCACCCUUUUUAAUGAUAGAACACUAUUUAUAUGUAUCAUUGAUUUAACAGUUAGUUGGAUUCAUGUAAGUCAGAAUAGACUAGGCUUAACAAUGUAGUUCCAGCUGUUGCUUAUGUCUACCUUUUACCAUGUCUAAUUGAUUUUGUCAAUGAGAGAAUGAAUGCGUGAAUGCUACAUGCAUAAAGAAACUGAUCCCAUUAAAGUUGAACUGAUUCUUAAUUUCA